AUGGCUGCAGUCAGAGCGCUCGUCCUCGCGUGCGUGCUCCUCCUCGUGUCGACGUCCGCCUUGGCGCAGCGUGGUCCGCCUGGCGGAGGUCCUCCCGGCGGUCAGCGACCGGGGGGCGCAAGCGGAGGACCUGGCGGUAACGGCGGCCCCGGCGGACCCGGCGGUCGCGACGGUCCCGGCGGGCCUGGCGGACCGCACGGGCCUCCGCUGAACCUGACAGCCGUCGGGAAUCUGACGGCCGGUGUUGGCGCGCGGCUCGCCAACUGCACCGUGGAUCAGAAGACCCUCAACGGCAGCUUCCACCUCGCCGUCUUCAAGAAUUCCACCGGGAACUACAACCUUCUCGUCGAGGCGAUGCUGGUGGACGCGGCGGGCGGUCCGCCCAACUCGCUGGCGAUCGUGAAGGGCGCCGUGUGCGACGCCGCCGCAACGGACGUGCUCGCGCUGCCACUCGCCGCGGCGGACUGGCAGCAGCGCACGGGGUGGUGGCUGCUGCACGCGGAGGCGCGCCUCGAUGCGUUCCUCGAGAACGCGGACGCCGCCACCCUCGACGCGCUGCUCGCCGUGCUCCCCACCGCCUCGCCUCCGCCCACCAGCGGCAGCGGGCGCAACGGCGGAGGCAGCGCGGGGGGCGCACGGAACGGGCAGGGCGGGAGGCGCAUGGGGCGUGAGCUGCUGAUGGGCGCAUUCGGCCGCGCUGCCAGGCAGGGGGGACAGAAGCAGGGGGGGCAGAACCAGGGGGGGCAGCAGCAGGGGGGGCAGCAGCAGGGGGGGCAGCAGCAGGGGGGAGCGCAGCAGGCGCCUGCAGUGAGUGGGUAUGCUGUGCUGGCGGGCAGCAGCGCAGCAGCAAUCAAGGAGCUAGAUAACCCCUGUCCUUUCAACCCCCCCAUUGCCCUUCCCUUUGCCCUUUCUCCCUUCCCCUUCCUCCUUUCUUUCCCCCUUCGCUUUCAACCUCCCCUUUGCCCCUUCCCUUUGCCUCUUUUCCUUGCCCCUUUUCCUUUGCUCCUUUCCCCUUGCCCCGCCUCCCUGCCCCUCAAUAUGCACCCCUUCCCCCCCCCCCCCCCCCCUUUUCUUCUUCCCUAUGAUGGCACCAUCAAGCACAGCAUGUGGUCGAUUGGCGAUCACACCACACCCACCAGCAGAGCCGUGGAGCUCCCCCCCCUCCCUCUCACCCACCAGCACAGCCGUGGAGCUCCCCCCCCUCCCUCUCACCCACCAGCACAGCCGUGGAGCUCCCCCCCCUCCCUCUCACCCACCCUGGCCCACCAGCAGCACAGCUGUGGAGCUCGGCAGCUACUGGGGAUCACCAAGCACAGCAUGAAUGCACUCAAGGCGUACAAAGCUGAUCACACCACCGCCGGCAACAGAGCUGUGGAGCUGGGCAGGUGGGGCUUGGAGCUGGGCGGGUGGGGUGCCUGCUUGCAAGGAGCGCUCGUCCUCGCGUGCGUGCUCCUCCUCGUGUCGACGUCCGCCUUGGCGCAGCGUGGUCCGCCUGGCGGAGGUCCUCCCGGCGGUCAGCGCGGAGGCCCUGGCGCCGGUUCCGGCGGACCCGGCGGUCCCGGCGGUCGCGGCGGUCGCGGCGGUCGCGACGGUCCCGGCGGGCCUGGUGGACCGCGCGGUCCUCCGCUGAACCUGACGGCCGUCGGAAAUCUGACGGCCGAUGUUGGCGCGCAGCUCGCCAACUGCACCGUGGAUCAGAAGACCCUUAACGGCAGCUUCCACCUCGCCGUCUUCAAGAAUUCCACCGGGAACUACAACCUUUUCGUCGAGGCGAUGCUGGUGGAUGCGGCGGGCGGUCCGCCCGACUCGGUGGCGAUCGUGAAGGGCGCCGUGUGCGACGCCGCCGCGACGGACGUGCUCGCGCUGCCGCUCGCCGCGGCGGACUGGCAGCAGCGCGCGGGGUGGUGGCUGCUGCAUGCGGAGGCGCGCCUCGACGCGUUCCUCGAGAACGCGGACGCCGCCACCCUCGACGCGCUGCUCGCCGUGCUCCCCACCGCCUCUCCUCCGCCCACCAGCGGCGGCGGAGGCAGCACGGGGGGGGCGCGGAAGGGGCAGGGGGGGAGGCGCAUGGGGCGGGAGCUGCUGAUGGGGGCAUUCGGCCGCGCGGCCAGGCAGGGGGGACAGAAGCAGGGGGGACAUAAGCAGGGGGGGCAGCAGAAGCAGGGGGGGCAACAGCAGGGGGGGCCGCAGCAGGCGCCUGCAGUGAGCGGGUAUGCUGUGCUGGCGGGCAGCAGCGCAGCAGGUGUGACGUGGGGCGGGCAGCUCAUGGGCGCCAAGAUGCCCGCCGCUGCUGCUGUUUAG